AUGAGAGGAGACUGGCGAGGUCGCGAUUGGCUGCGGGGCCGGGGAGCAGCUUCCCGGAGUACAUGUGUGUCGAGCGGAGCCAGCUCACGCAGUCAUGUACGCGCAGCCGCCGAUCUCUUGGGAGGUUCGUUACAGGGUCUCGCACAAGGGCAUUCUCCGCUCCUGCACACCAGCAUGGAAGAAGCUCGUCCAGGGAAGAAAAUGCAACCUGGUCAUGAUGAAGAAGCUGUUGUGGAUAUGGGCAAAAUCAGCUCUACUAUCAAUACAAACUUUGAGAAAGAAGAACUAGAGAGCCACAGAGCUGUGUAUAUUGGAGUUCACGUCCCAUUUGGAAAGCAAGGCCGUCGACGGCAUAGACAUCGUGGGCACAGGCAUCACAGAAGAAAAAAAGAAAGAGAGACUGACAGAGAGGAUGGCCGAGAAUCUCCAUCAUAUGAUACACCAUCCCAACGAGUGCAGUUUAUCCUGGGUACUGAAGAUGAUGAUGAACACAUUCCCCAUGAUCUCUUCACUGAAAUGGAUGAACUUUGCUUCAGGGAUGGAGAAGAAUAUGAAUGGAAAGAAACGGCUAGGUGGCUAAAAUUUGAAGAGGAUGUUGAAGAUGGUGGUGAUCGAUGGAGCAAGCCUUAUGUAGCAACUCUGUCUCUGCACAGUCUCUUUGAACUGCGAAGCUGUAUUCUUAAUGGGACGGUCAUGUUGGACAUGAGAGCAAACACACUAGAUGAGAUAGCAGAUAUGGUUUUGGACAACAUGAUUGCCUCUGGCCAGCUCGAUGAAUCCAUAAGAGAGAAUGUGAGAGAGGCCCUUCUAAAACGGCACCAUCAUCAGAAUGAGAAAAAAUUCAGCAAUCGGAUUCCUCUGGUUCGGUCUUUUGCAGAUAUAGGCAAGAAACAUUCUGAUCCUCACUUGCUUGAACGAAAUGGCAUACUUUCUGCGCCUCCUUCUUGGAUUGUAGGAGAAGCAAGCAGUAUUCUUAAGGAGGCUGCUAUCCAAGGAAAAGUGUUUGUGGUAAAUGGGAGGAAUGGUAUCGCUGAACCUUCUAGUGGAAGUGCUAAUGGGAGGAGCUGGAACCCCGGCAGCCUCAAGGUGUACAACCCCUGUAACUACCCCUCAAAACACACCACCCUCCAGUCCUACCUUCAGCCACCUGCCAACUACAAGUGCCCAGCCAAGUCCACUUCAGGGCAAGGAAUUGCUGGUGUCACCUGCCAGUGA